AUGCUUGCAAAACCAAAGCUCGGCGAAGUUCUGUUCCUUUACAUCGUGGUUUCCGCAUCAGCGGUCAGUGGGGUGCUCGUCAAAGACGACCGUGGAGAGCAACGACCUAUUUUCUAUGUAAGCAAGUCCCUCAACGACGCCGAGACCCGUUACCCAACAGUCGAAAAGGUCGCCCUGGCACUUAUCACCUCGGCACGGAAGCUCCAACCCUAUUUCCAGUCACACACUAUCGUCGUCCUAUCUAACGAGCUGAUGUGGUCUAUAUUGCACAGUCCGAACCAAUCCGGAGGACUAACAAAAUGGGCAAUCAAGUUCCGCACCCGCCCAGCCGCCAAGUCUCAAGUAUUGGCCGACUUCUUAAUCGAACUACCUUUGGAAGGUGCCGAGCCAACAUCCUCCGAUCCGACAGGUGGACUGUGGACUUUGCAUGUCGACGGAGCAUCUUCUCACUUAGGGUCCGGCGUAGGAAUUCGAUUAACAUCUCCAACCGGGGAGAUUUUAGAACAGUCCUUUCGCCUCCGGUUCCAGGCAACGAAUAAUGUCGCCGAGUACGAAGCGUUGAUUGUCGGACUCAGGCUCACCAACGGAAUGAAAAUCAAACAGGUACGAGCCUUCUACGACUCUCAACUUGUCGCCAAUCAAUUCAGUGGCGAGUACGAUACUAAAACCGAACCAAUGGCUACCUACCUAGACGUCGUCAGGGUCUUAUCCAAACGUUUUGAUCAAUUUGAACUCGUCAAAAUCCCUAGAGGGGACAACGCUCCGGCCGAUGCCUUAGCAGCACUCACUUCAACGUCAGACCCCGACCUUCGAGGGAUUAUCCCGGUAGAAAGCAUCGACACGCUAAGCAUAGCAGGAACUCGAGCAGAAACCUGUCUUGCCCUUCACCAGCCCAACGAAAUCAGAACCACCUGGCGAACGGCAACUUCGCGACAUUCAUGCUCCCUAAUGAAAGAACAUCUGCUACGAUGUACCGCAUCAGGUGCCUUGUUGUUGUGUCUACAUGGCGACGAUACGAAACGAGUAAUGAUGGAAACUCACGAGGCGCUAGCGAGAACCACUCCGGAGGACGACCCUUAG